AUGUUUGAGACUGAUAUACCUAUUGAAUAAUGUAUGAGUAAUUUAGUAUCAUCAUUAAAACCAAAAUUUAGAUCAAUUCAUAAAACACAAAAUGAUGAUGAAGAAUUGAGUGAAAAUGUCGCUGAUUCAUAACAUUAAAUAGAACUUUUCAGAUCAUUAACUAUUAAAAAUGUAAUUAAUAUUAUAAGAGUUCAAACUAUUAAUGAUAGAUGGAUUGGAAUUUAACUUAGAGAUCCCUUUGUUACUUGUGGAUGGCUACUUUCUGAAACUAUUCGAAAAAUUAGUUAAUUAAAUUUAAAUUAUGAUCCAUUUAAUAUUGUAGGAUUUAAAACCAAUAAUAUUCAUUUAGAUUAUCAUUUAAGUUGCUUACAUUUAUUAUUACCAAACUUAAAUGGAAUACUUCUUACUCCAUUAUUACGUCAAGGAUUAAAAGAACCAAUUAAUUUAGAUUGGUUUGAAAUAAUUAAAAAAAUAGGUGCUGGAAGUUUCUCUGUUGUUUAUUUAGUUAGAAAUAAAGAAAAUGGAUAAUUUUAUGCUAUGAAAGUUACAGACAAACAAUUAAUGUUUGAAAGUGGAAAAGAAGAAUUAGUAAUCAAAGAAAGAUAAAUUCUUAUCAAAUUAAAUCAUCGAAGAAUCAUUACAUUACAUGCAUCUUUUUAAUCUGUAUCAUAUUUUAUUAAACUGAAUAGAAAACAAAACUAUAUUUUAUCUUUGAUUAUUGUCCUGGUGGAGAACUUUAUUAUCAUUUAAGAAAAUAGAAAAGAUUUUGUGAAAAUUAAGCUAAAUGGUUAUUUAUAUAAAUAUUAGAUGGAAUUUAAUAUCUACAUUCUAAAAAUGUAAUAUAUAGAGACUUAAAACCAGAGAAUAUAUUAAUAGAUUUAGAAGGUUAUCCAAAACUCGCUGAUUUUGGAUUAAGUAAACCAGUUGAAAAUUAAGAUGAUCUAAAUUUUUCAUUUUGUGGAUCCUUAGAAUAUAUGGCUCCUGAAAUGAUUGAAUUAAAAGGACAUAAUUAAACUUUAGAUUAUUAUUAAUUAGGAAUCUUAUUGUAUGAAAUGGUAGCUGGAAUUCCUCCAUUUUUUGCCAAAACUAGAUAAGAAAUGAUUAAAAAUAUUUUGUCAAAACAAAUCAAUUUUCCAAAUUUCUUUUCAAAAAACUUAAUUGAUCUUAUUUCUAAUUUAUGUAAAAAAAAUAUAAAUGAAAGAUUAUGUGGAAAAAGUAAAAUUCUCUUAUAUAAAUAGCAAUAUUAUAACAUCCUUGGCUUUAGGGAUUCAUAAAAAAAAUGCCAAUAAAAUAUAAAUUAGAUACUUUUCAUAUUGAUAAGUUGUUUAUGAAUCAAUAAUCUUUAAAUAUUGAAAGUGGACCUAGAUGUAUAAUUGAAGAGUUUAAUCUUUAAACAAUGUCACAAUCAGUUAAAGAUGAAGAUUGGCAUUCUUUCGAAAAAUUUUAAACUUUUUACUACAAAAAACAAUAAUGA